CCUGGACAGCCAAAGAUUUUUCAUGGAAACACCAUAACACGUGAUAUGAAUGUCAUAUCAACAACAACAGUGCUUCCUAGAACUCCUGCAGACAUCACUGGGUAUCUCUCAGUUGUAUCUAUUGGACCUCAUAAAAUCAAAGCCAGUGACCUGGGCAAUACAUUCAGAGUGCGAAAAGCCAAAAUAUGGCAUUUUCUUCUUUGGUUGAAGCACCAUAACAGAUUAUAUGAGCAGAUCCUGUUGGAUCAGAGUAACAUAGAUCAAUUUCCAGAUGAUGGUGUUCUUCCUGGUGUUGAUGCUCAAUUCAUC